CUUUGUUCGAUUUGUAUGUUUAGAAACUUGAAACUGGAAUACCUGGAUCUGUAUCUUAUUCAUUUACCAGUCAGCAUGAAACCGGAUGAGUUCACUUUUCCAUUUGCGAAGGAGGAUAUAAUUGCUAUGGAUUUCAAGUCAGUGUGGGAAGCUAUGGAGGAGUGUGUGGAGCUGGGUUUAACGAAAGCAAUAGGAGUCAGCAACUUCUCGUGUAAGAAGCUUGAAAUAAUAUUAUCCACAGCAAAAAUCCCUCCUGCUGUCAAUCAAGUGGAAAUGAACCCAGUUUGGCAGCAAAAAAAGCUAAGAAACUUCUGCGAUGAAAAAGGUAUAAUUGUUGCAGCUUACUCCCCUCUGGGUGCCAACGGAGCUCUUUGGGGUACAAAUCGUGUUAUGGAAUGCAAUGUGAUCAAGGAUAUUGCUUGUGCUAAAGGAAAAAGUAUUGCCCAGAUAUGUUUGAGGUGGGCUUAUGAACAAGGAGUUGUUGUGAUUGUAAAGAGUUUCAACAAAGAAAGAAUGAAAGAAAAUCUUGAUAUAUUUGACUGGCAGUUGACUUCAGAAGAAUUACAUCAGAUAAAUCAAAUUCCACAGCAAAAAGCAUUUCCUGCCCUAGAAUUUAUUCAUAGCGAAGGGCCUUACACGACUGUUGAUGAGUUUUGGGAUGGAGAAAUCUAAUUAUUCUUACAAAAUUAUAUGUAUUUGAUUGAUUAAUUAAUAUUUUUAUGAAAUAGUUAAUACUCAUAUAUGUCCUUAAACUAGUGGUGUAAUAAUUUAAUAAGACAUGAUCAUGUAAUAAUGUUAGUUAGGUUAUUAAACUUAAGCAAUUAAUAAUAAAACAUUUAU